AAGUCGCCGGGUUGUUUUGGCUUUUUCUCUCCACGUGGAGCCUCGAGGAAACUUCUUCCGUGAGUUCAGCGUCCUGCACAACCGACCCGGAGCUGAGAGACAUGUCAGCGGGAGGACGCACCACCACGAGCCGGGACAUCCCCGCGGUCCGGCGGGUCGCGAUCCACGAUGCUGCCAACAUGCCGCUGGACUACUCCACGACCCCCGGGGGGACACUGUUCAGCACCACGCCAGGAGGCACCAGAAUCAUCUACGACAGGAAGUUCCUCCUGCAGUGUCGGACGUCUCCUCUGACCCGGACGCCUCCCAAGAUGCCCGACAUCCCCGGCGUCACAAGUCCGCUCAAACUCAACAACUCCCCCGACACGAAGCCGCCCAAACCGACACCGAAGAGCAACACUGACCAAAGCCUGCACACAGAGGACAGCGCAGGAGAAGAUGACCAGUUUGAAAUGGACAUCUGAAGAGAGAUAGAGAGACGAGGAUAAGAAGAAAAAAAAAAAAAAACAUUUUCAUUGUUUUUAUUUACUGGGAUAAAGAAGCUGUGUAAACCUCUUUCAGAUUUCUUCUGAAAUUAACAUGUUUUUUUUUUUAAACCUUAUAUGUGUAAAAAUAUAGCUCUUAUAAAACAACACUGUUUGUUGAAAGUGAACAGACACUUUGAUGGAAGUCGACCUGUGACAUACUUAAGUCGCAUGUAUCUCAGUGUUCCGUUAAAAUCAAACCAUUUUAGUUUUUUAUGUGAUUUAACUCAUUUAAUGAUUUUUAAAAAACGUGUCUUUAAAUGUUUAAUGUUAAACAAAUAAAAAACUGAAAUCAUGA